ACCAGUCAGGGAGGUAUGGCUGAUGUUGCCUCCUGUUUGCUCCUCUGGUCCUCUCUGGGAGCACAGCUGACCACAUUACCCACCUCCCGCCUCUUCCUCUCACCUUGCUGCCACCUCUUCCUCCCCACAACCAUGGAGGAGGUCACCAAGGUCGCACCACCUCUCCUGGAACGCCGGGCUCGCCAGCGACAGCCCACAGUUUCGGUCCUUAAAUCCAAGCUGAGGCAGAGUGUGACCUGCUCCGUGCCAAAAGUUCGGUCCACCCUGACCGGGUUCUUCCCCGUUGUACAGUGGCUGCCUAAAUACAAGCUCAGAGAGUAUGUCUGGGGCGACCUGAUGUCCGGGUUGAUCGUUGGUAUCAUCUUGGUACCGCAGGCCAUCGCCUACUGCCUGCUGGCAGGAGUGGAGCCCAUCUAUGGUUUAUACACCUCGUUUUAUGCCAACAUCAUCUACUUCUUCAUGGGGACGUCCAGACAUGUCUCUGUGGGGAUCUUCAGCCUCAUGAGCCUCAUGGUGGGACAGGUGGUGGAUAAGGAGAUGUUCCUGGCAGGUUUUGACCUCAAUGAGGACUCAACAGCAUCUGGCCCUGAUGUGUUUAAUGCCACACUGGGCACUAACCUCACAGCUGGUACAUUUCACAGUGUGGAGCUAAUGGGAAUGCAGUGUGGGAAGGAAUGUUAUUCCAUCGCCAUUGCUGCUGCCCUCACAUUCCUGGCUGGUAUCUAUCAGGUCUUGAUGGCCGUGUUUCGACUGGGCUUUGUCUCUGUCUACCUUUCGGCUCCCAUGCUCGAUGGUUUUGCCACGGGAGCUUCUUUCACCAUCCUCACUGUGCAGGCUAAGUACCUGUUGGGUCUUAAGAUUCCCCGUCAUCAGGGCUACGGCACAGUUGCUGUCACAUGGUUCAACAUAUUCGCCAACAUUCACAAGACCAACGUGUGUGACCUCAUCACCAGCGCCAUCUGUAUCUCUGUAUUAGUGGCGGGGAAAGAGAUCCAGGAGCGCUACAAGGAUCGUCUAAAGAUCCCUCUGCCAACUGAGCUGGUAGUUGUGGCAGGAGCUACACUGGCCAGCCACUUUGGGCAGCUGAACAGCCAGUAUGGCACCAGUGUUUCUGGUCACAUACCCACAGGGUUCAUUCCUCCCCAGGUGCCCAGCUUUAGUUUGAUGCCACAGUUGGCGCUGGAUGCCAUUCCUCUGGCUGUCAUUAGCUUUGCCUUCACGGUGUCGCUGUCCGAGAUGUUUGCUAAGAAAAAUGGCUAUACGGUUCGACCCAACCAGGAGAUGCUGGCCAUCGGCUUUUGUAACAUCAUCCCCUCCUUCUUCCACUGUUUCACCACCAGUGCAGCACUGGCAAAAACCAUGGUGAAGGACUCAACAGGCUGCCAGACACAGGUAUCGAGUCUGAUCAGUGCCCUGGUCGUCCUCCUCGUCCUCCUCUUCUUCGCACCUUUCUUCUACUCUCUUCAGAAGUGUGUUCUUGCCUGUAUCAUCAUUGUAAGCCUUCGAGGGGCACUCAGGAAGUUUAAGGAUGUCCCAGCUAAAUGGCGUGACAGUCGGAGCGAUGCCAUUGUUUGGCUGGUCACCAUGUCGGCCACAGCUCUGAUCAGUGUGGAGAUGGGGCUCCUGGUGGGAGUAGUUUUUUCCAUGAUCUGCGUCAUCUUCAAGACCCAGAACCCUAAGAUGUCUCUCCUGGGCCGGGCCAAUGACACCGAUCUUUACGAGGACAUAGAGGAGUACAAGAACCUCGUGCCUCCACCUCGAGUUCACGUUUUCCGCUUCCAGGCUCCUCUGUACUACGCCAACAAGGACGCAUUCCUCAGAUCCCUCUACAAAGGUGUCGGAGUUGAGCCUUUCUUGGAGCUGACUAAGCGACGAAAGGCAGAGAAGAAGGCCAAAGAGAUGUCCUUGAAGCAGGCCAAGGUAAAUGGGGACAAAAUCAACGGAGAGGUCGUUCUUGGACUCAUCCAACGAGAACUGGAUUUCCACACAAUAGUUCUAGACUGCUCUGCCAUCCCAUUCAUAGACUCGACAGGCAUGGCCACAUUUAAAGGGCUGGUCAAGGAAUAUAAAGAGAUCGGGGUGAACGUGCUUUUCGCAAACUGUAACACCUCAGUCAUUGAUACCCUGCAAGAGGGAAAGUUCUUCGGGAAGAACGAUGAAGACAUGAGCAGCCUGCUGUUUCAUACAGUUCAUGCGGCAGUUCUCCAUGCAAACAGUAUGUUUGUAGCAGCAGAGAGCAGGGCAGAGGACUCCGUGGUGUAGAGCAGCAGGAAGGAGAAGGAAAUUAGGUAUACUAUCUUGCCACCUAUAACAAUACUACAAUAGGUUACGUCUUUUAGGAAGCUUCAUCCAAGAAAACAUGGGGAUACUAAGAGAACCCAAGUAGGAAGUGUUUUGUAAUACCAAGUAAAUAUCUGAUGCCUUGCCCCUCUAAAAACCAGACCACUUAAAGCCUGAUCUGCCAAAUGAGCAUUCAUUUCAACAUUUAAAAUGCAAUUUUAUUGAUGGAAAGAAGGUCAUUGAAUAAAACUAGGUCAUCUAUGUAGUAGAAAGGUGACAUUAUUUUUAAAAUAAUGCCAAGUGACUGAACGGGGUCGUAUUCCCUAUAGCUCUUAAGUGGAAGAUACUGCAACAACUAGGAUUAAUUGCACAUGGUGCCUUCCUAGGCAACUUUCGGGACACUCCUUUCUAGAAACAGAAGCCCCUUCCUCCUCCAGCUUUACUCCACCGAGCUUUUGUUGUAUAAAGUGCCCAGAAUAUCUGAUUCCAACAUUGUAUCAUAAAACAAGUUUUCUCAGUGGUAUUUUAAUAUGAGUUUUCCUAGAAAGACAACAGACGGUUUUGCUUGCUUAGAUCGGAGACGCUCCUUCUUAACCUUCCUCAGUGGCAGACAGAAAAUAAAGUACAGCAUGUGGUUCAAGUCCUCUGCAACCAUGUUUUCUGUCAUCCAGUGGAUUUUUUUUCAAUACAGGGGAUGCAGAAGGAAAUUUAGUGUCAUUCAUACUGUAUACAUAAGCAAGUAAAUUUAUUUUUUUUAUCACAGAAUGACUUGCCUCUGGCAGAUAAUGGCAACAGCUAGUGUCCAGCGUUGUCAAAGACUAACUGCUAGUUCUUAUUUAGCUGCUGGUUACCAGCCACGACAACAGGGCUGGUAUUUUUUUUACCUUGUGAGUUUGUUUGUGUGUCAUCAUGGCAAAAUGUGGUCCUGAAGACACCUGUUGAAACACAAAGACCACAGAAGUGGUUCUUGUGUAACGUGUUUAUUUUCCUGUCUUCGGACAGACUGUGUCACCACGAUAAUGUCUAAGUCAUAAAAGACGCAAUCACAAAAUUUUACAGGUGUGUAUUUGAGGUCACAAUGAAGGCCGAGUUCAUAGACGGGUGUGGUCCAAGCAACGGUGCCAGGAGUACUGGGAAAGGAAGUAGGGAAAGGGGCAAUUGACCCUCUACCCCCACUUUACAGACCUGGUCCAAACUCAUUUCACGAUGCGGCUGGAGUGAUCCCGUUGCAAGACAGUCUCUAGUUAAUCUGGGUCUGUCAUAUAAAACAUUUGUGAUGCUCUGUCGAAAGCAAUGUUUGUUGUGAUGAAAGCAUUUUUCCCUUUCUAUGUCAUUACAAGCCUUUGGCCAAAGUCCAUAAUGGUUCUAAUCCAGGAGUCCAGAGUUCAGACAGGGAGAUUCAUCCACUAUGAACGGUAUUUCGUGGGUUGCAAACUAUUACCUUGGACCUCAAAAUCAUUUCUAAAAGGCCAGUUAAACCCUUUCAGAUUUGAAUAACAGUUGCUGGAAGAGACACUUUACGUAACUCACACGGACUGAGAGCUUUUUCAAACUCAGUCUCACACAGAAAGAGCCUUACCUGCUAACCGGGGCUCAUUACAACAUGUUGUACUUGUACUCUUGCCCUGGUCACCCACCAGUGACAGCUAUAUCUGUUAUAGAUCUGUUCUCAUAAAAUAAAGGAUUUACACACAUCUGUGAUCUCUUCUCGGGUGCUGGACAAAAGCAAGUUUUCAUCUGAUGCUUCUGAAAUAUAUAUUUAAAGUAAUGGCAGCAGGUGAUGCCACGAAUUUUAUCAAAAUACUUCACUGCCACUGAUUUGUUCAAUCAAUUGUUCUGCCACUUGAAAAAUAAGAGCACUGUUUUCCUUAUGUUGGAGCCAAGUGUGAAAUUUUAAUUAAAACAAUUACAAUGUUCUGAAAGUAUCCCAACUUAUGUAUGUUCAAAGGGAUGUAUUUUUUACUUUCACAUGAACAUGUUCAUGUCAAACGUCAUGACAGUGUUAUGUCAACUGUUGAUGAACUGGUGUUUUAAUAAGAUGUAGACAUUCUCGUUAGCAUUUUGUAUUUUCAUACACUUAUUUUGUCAUCAACUGUAAUUUCCAUGUAUUAAUUUAACUUUAAUCAUGAUAAUGAUUACAUCAAGUUUUUGGGGGAGUCUGUUUGACUUUCAUUGUUGACAUAGUGUUGACAUUCAACACCUACAUACGAAUACUGCCUUAAUGUCCAAUACUUGAAUUAAACUUACAAGUUUUUAGCGACGA